AUGGUCAACUCUUGUUGUGGCUCUGUCUGCUCUGAGGAGGGCUGUGGCCAAGGCUGCUGCCAGCCCAGCUGCUGUCAGACUACCUGCUGUAGGACCACCUGCUGCCGCCCCACCUGCUGUGUGUCUAGCUGCUGCAGACCCAGCUGCUGUGUGUCCAGCUGCUGUAGACCCCAGUGUUGUUGCCAAUCUGUGUGCUGCCAGCCCUCCUGUUGCCGCCCCAGCUGCUGUGUAUCCAGCUGCUGCAGACCUAGCUGCUGCCAGUCUGUGUGCUGCCGCCCCAGCUGCUGCAGGCCCAGCUGCUGUGUGUCCAGCUGCUGUAGGCCCCAGUGCUGCCAGCCUACCUGCUGCCGCCCCAGCUGCUGCAUCUCUAGCUGCUGCCAACCCUCCUGUGGUGGGUCUAGCUGCUGUGGCUCCAGCUGUUGUCAUCCCUGCUGCCGCCCCUGCUGCUGUCUGAGACCAGUCUGUGGUCAGGUCGGCUGCCAAACCACUUGCUACCGCCCGACCUGUGUCAUCUCCACCUGCCCCCGCCCCAUGUGCUGUGCCAUCCCCUGCUGCUAA